AUGCGUUGUUAUAAUAAAACGGGGAAGGAGGAAUUAGAGCGUGGUAACUGGUCAGGACAACUAGACUUUAUUUUGUCCUGUAUUGGUUAUGCCGUAGGUUUGGGAAAUGUUUGGCGAUUUCCAUAUCUUUGCUACAGAAAUGGAGGAGGUGCCUUUCUUAUUCCUUAUGCGAUCAUGUUGGUCAUCGCUGGAAUUCCACUGUUCUAUUUUGAACUUUCUUUCGGCCAAUUUGCCUCAGAAGGUCCAGUCACAGUGUGGAAAGUCAGUCCAUUUUUCAUGGGUAUUGGCUGGGCGAUGUGUCUGAUCAGUGCUAUGGUCAGCAUUUACUACAACGUCAUCAUCAUGUACUCAAUCUACUAUAUGUUUGUGUCCUUUGUCAGCAUAGACACAGUGUUACCAUGGCAGUCCUGUAAUAACACAUGGAAUACAGAUGAUUGCAGAAUUAAGCCGUAUCCGAAAUUAUCCGAGAUGGAUGAAGGCAACAAAUCAGCAAGCCUUCUGACACUGAGCUUUCCUGCCUGCCUGAACAAAACUUUAGAGGAUGUAAAUAGUUUCUAUGACACAAGCUAUACGGAUUACUCACAAUACAACUCUACAAUCCUACAGUCCAACUUCACAGAAGCAUGUAAAAGGAAAUUUAGAACAGCAAGUGAAGAAUUCUGGACGAGACAAGUGCUUCAGCUGCAAGAUGCACCUGAAGGUUUGGAUGAUAUUGGUGACGUCAGCAUUAGAAAUCUUAUCUGUUUACUGUUUGCAUGGGUUUUUAUUUUCUUCUGCCUUAUAGGAUGUAAAAGCAACGGAAGUGUUGUGUACUUUACCGCCACUUUCCCCUAUGUUGUGUUAAUUAUUCUCCUGAUCAGAGGUGUAACUUUGGAUGGUUAUUACGAUGGAAUACUCUUCUACAUCAUUCCAAAAUGGGAGGAAAUUAGCAAACCAAAGGUAUGGGGAGAUGCAGCAACCCAGAUUUUCUAUUCUUUGGGUGUAGCCUUUGGAGGGUUGCUAACUAUGGCCAGUUACAACAAAUUCAAAAAUAAUACUCUAAGAGAUUCCCUGAUCGUGUCCUUAAUCAACUGUUGUACCAGUGUCUUUGCCGGCUUUGCCAUAUUCUCAUUGCUUGGCCACAUGGCUUACAUCACAAACAGAAAAGUUGAAGAGGUAGCAGAUUCAGGACCUGGUCUUGCCUUUGUUGCUUAUCCUGAGGGAAUUGCCAAAUUAGCAGACCCAUGGCCACCAAUUGUUGCAUUCCUCUUCUUUUUCAUGAUUUUCACCCUUGGACUUGACAGUCAGUUUGCAAUGAUGGAGACAGUCAUCAGUGGCCUGUCAGAUGUCUUUCCUCGCAUCCUGAGAAGACACAAGACUCUUUUUACCUUUGCAGCAUGUAUGGUUGGAUUUGUAUUGGGAAUUCCACAAGUCUGUAAGGGAGGAAUUUAUGUGUUGACAUUAAUGGAUUGGUACUCAGGAAGUUACAACCUGAUGAUAGUCAGCUUGUGUGAAUUAGUAGCCGUAUGCUAUGUAUAUGGUGUAAACAACUUCAGGAAGGAUAUAGAAAUGAUGCUGGGUGGAUUCCCUGGAGUUUUCUGGGUAUACUGGUUUGUGACUUGGUGCUUCAUCACACCAGUUGCGAUUGUCUUUAUUGUGAUUAUGUCCGGCAUUACAUAUGCUCCUGCAUACUACUCCAAAUACGAAGGCAAAUACAUCUUCCCAUCAUUUGCUGAGGGUCUUGGCUGGCUUAUGGUAGUAUCACCACUGGCAUUGAUAGUGGGAGGAAUGAUUGUCCAGAGUAUCCGAUAUGGUGGUAUUGUAAAGGCUUUAAAACCUGAAGAAAGUUGGGGACCAGCUUUGGACGAAGACAGAAUUGGUAGAUACUCUCCACGACAUGCUGCAGAAUUUGGCAAGGAUGGACCAGGGCCUCAAGGGGCAACUAACAUGGGAUAUGUCAAUGAAAAGAGCAAACCUUACGUUGUUGAAGGUGAAAAAAAUGGUUAUGAUCAAAGACUGUGAAAAAGAGGACAAGAAUUAUAGCCAUUUAGUGAUCAUCUCAAUAUUUUAGAAACUUUACUUUCCCCCUUUUUAUAUUGCUUUUGUUUUCCCGUCUUUUAUAUACGAUAGUUUAUCCUUUAUAUGUUGUGAUAUUAUUUCUUUGAAAUAGGCAUAUUAUUAGGGUUUUAGUUUUGUUUUAGAAUGAGGUGACUCAAAGUCAAGUGAUUCAAAACUUCGCAAAACAUCGUAUAACUAGUAAAAAAAUGUCCCCAGUUCAUAUUUCAUUCUAUGGCAGUAAAUGAAGCUGUGAUCAAUUUUUUUUAAAUAUGCAAAACAUAGAAAUCCUAUUGGCAUUGCAUUAUUGUGACUUUGGUUAACUUUUCUAAAAACUGUAUACAGGUGAAUAUUUAGUAUAGAAUGGCAAAAUGAUCUUCAAAAAAUUGAUUGUUCUAUAAUGAUUCUUGAGAGUGUGCAAUAUAUUUUGAUGACAAGAAGGGUAUAUAUAUUUAUACAUAGAUAGAUGCAACUGCUCAUUUCCACAUAUCAAUACAGAAACUCUGAGUCCUCUGCCACCAUCUUCCA